UUGAAGAUGAGAAGAAACAAAGAGGCUACACUUCAGCUUUUAUAAACUCUAGAGAGAUUAUUUAGCGAACACGACACAACUCCUGCCUUUAUUCAUUAUAUCCUGGCUCUUGACUGUCAAUUCCUCUGUGAAAGCGAUCAGGAAUAGCGGACUUUUAACGUGUUCAUAUGUAAACAGGCCUGAUGGAGGACACACACCGUCAUGAGAAAAUGAGUGAAAAAACUGACUCACUGAAGAGAAAAGACAAAAAAUGUGUCACCUGCCCUCAGUGUGGAAUAAGUCUGACAAAGAAACACAGUCUCCAGCGUCACAUGAGGGUCCACACUGGAGAAAAACCAUUCAUAUGUACUCAGUGUGGGAAGAGUCUGGCACACAAACACAGUCUCAGGAAACACAUGAGGAUCCACACUGGAGAGAAACCAUUCAUAUGCACUCAGUGCGGGAAGAGUUUCAGAGACUCAUCAAACUUUAAUAAACACAUGUUGAUCCACACUGGAGAGAAAACACACAAAUGUGAUCAGUGCUGCAAAACAUUUUUGAGGGUUUCAGAUCUAAAGAGCCAUCUUAGAGUUCAUACAAAGGAGAAGCUUUAUUCAUGCUCUGUGUGUGGGAAGAGUUUCAAACAUCAACGUAGUUUAAGAAAUCAUCAGAAGAUCCACACCGGUGUGGGAGAGUACAGGUGCUUUGAGUGUGAGAAGACCUUUUGUACAGCUGGAAAUUUGAAAAUGCAUGAGAGAAUUCACACUGGAGAGAAACCUUACAUUUGUUCACUGUGCAAUAAGAGAUUCAGUCAGUUUGAACAUAUGAAAAUACAUGCGAGGGUUCACACAGGAGAGAAACCUUACAAGUGUUCACACUGUGAUAAGAGAUUUAGUGGUUCAGGACAUCUGAGACAACAUGUGAGGGUUCACACUGGAGAGAAACCGUACAGUUGUUCACUGUGCAAUAAGAGAUUCAGUCAGUUUGCACAAAUGAAAAUACAUGCGAGGGUUCACACUGGAGAGAAACCGUACAAGUGUUCACACUGUGACAAGAGAUUCAGUGAUUCAGGAAAUCUGAGACAACAUGAAAGGGUUCACACUGGAGAGAAACCUUACAUGUGUUCACACUGCGACAGGAGAUUCAGUGAUUUAGGAAAUCUGAGACAACAUGAGAGGAUUCACACUGGAGAGAAACCUUACAAGUGUUCACAGUGCGACAGGAGAUUCAGACAGUUAGGAGGGCUGAAAAUACAUGAGAGGAUUCACACCAGAGAGAAACUGUACGUUCACACCGAAAGCGGCGAGACCGUUAAAGUAGCUGGAAGUCAAUGAGAGCCAGCGGCGAUAAGCGGCAAGGAGCAGCGCGGCACGUCUUGGCCGGUGUGGGCGUCAAGAAGAGUUGAAAUCAAGUCAACUUUAUGGUAAUAAGCUAUGAUGCGGUUCGGCGGCAACCAAUCAGAAUGUAGAAGUCCACCACUUGAGAAGAGUUCAGAGAACAAAGUCACUGUGAACUUUGGUUCGGACCACAGUUAUUCCCAAGGGUUUGAUUAUUGCGGUUGUCAGAUUUCCAAUUAUUUGCAAUGUUUUCUUACAGGAACAUGCAUUUAAAAAGUUACUGGGAAAUUACUGAUGUGCAUUAAUGUUAUAUAGAUUUUUUUUUCUUUAAAAAAGCAGGAAUCUCAUGUGACAAUACAAAACAGUAUUGCUGCUUCAGGAUAUUUCAGACAUAUGGACACAUAUUGGAAAAGUGGAGCAAAGCCAGACCACAUGCAACUAGAUUUUCCGUAGUUAAAUGUAUUUGAUAAUAAGAGCUGAAGGCAGACAGCAUUGUCACCAGGGUGGCCAGAGCGACCUUUGACGCUCUUACCACUUUCUGAAACCUUAAAGGGGUGGUCCACAGUGUUU